AUGUCUGAUUCCAACACAACUGACUUCACCAACCCCUCCACCUUCAUCCUGCUGGGCAUUCCUGGCCUGGAGGCAGCCCACGUCUGGAUCUCCAUCCUCUUCUGCACCAUGUACACCAUAGCCAUCCUGGGGAACUUUGCCAUCCUGUUUGUCAUGAAGAGGGAGAAGAGCCUCCAUGGACCCAUGUACUAUUUCCUCUGCAUGCUGGCCGUCACCGACCUGGGCCUGUCCACAUCCAUCCUCCCGAAAAUGCUGGCAAUCUUCUGGUUCAAUUCCAGGGAGAUCAAUUUCAGUGCCUGCCUUACCCAGAUGUACUUCAUUCACUGCUUCUCAGUGAUGGAGUCUGGGAUCUUCGUGGCCAUGGCUCUGGAUCGUUAUGUGGCCAUCUGCCACCCACUGAGACAUUCCACCAUCCUGACAAACCCCCUGGUGGCCAAGAUUGGCCUGGCUGUGCUGCUACGUGGUGGCAUGUUCAUACUGCCCUAUCCCUUACUGGCUAGUCAAUGGCCAUAUUGCAGAACCAACAUCAUCCCCCAGCCGUACUGCGCGCAUAUAGCCGUGGUGAAUCUGGCCUGUGACGACACCCGCAUCAGUAGUUACUAUGGCCUCUUUGUGCUAUACUCUGUGAUGGGUCUGGAUGGGAUUUUCAUUGCUGUGUCCUAUAUCCAGAUCCUCAGGGCCAUCUUUAGGCUCCCCACAAAGGACGCCCGGCUCAAGACUUUUGGUACCUGCAGCUCCCACCUCUGUUCCAUCUUAGCCUUUUACAUCCCAGGUCUUUUCAUCUCCCUCAUGAACCGAUUUGGCCAGAAUGUGCCCCUACAUUUCCAUGUUCUUAUUGCCAACGUGUACCUCCUAAUACCUUCCAUGCUAAACCCCAUCAUCUAUGGGGUGAGGACCAAACAGAUCCGGGACAGGCUGCUCCGGCUCAUUACUCAUUAA